AUGAAGUGUGUCUCGCUGUUGGCGCUCGUCGCCGUCGCUCCAGCCGCGACUUGGGCUGGUGUAAUUCAGCCGCAAGUUCCCUUCGUUAAGGCCCCGGCGGAGGGCCAAGUCGAAAAGUUCCUACUACAGCUAGGUCCAGACGUGACUAGAUGGGUGACAGAAGAGGAGAAAUGGGCUUUACGGAUGGAUGGGGUCAAUUUCUUCGAUAUAACAGCAGAAGCGGAGGAAGGUAUGAUCAUUAAGAGCACUGCACAGAAGAAUGUUACCUUUCCGUCGGAAGUCAAGCAUCAGAAAUCAUUGGCGGCAUUAUCAUCGCAACUAUCCAAAGAUAACAUGCGCAACCACUUAACCAAAUUCACUUCCUUCCACACUCGAUAUUACAAGUCAGAAACUGGUAUUCAGUCUGCAACCUGGUUGCUUGGGCAGGUACAGCAGACAAUCGAAGACACCAGUGCGUCGAGACACGGCGUUAAAGUGGAAAAAUUCAACCACCCUUGGGGCCAGUUCAGUAUUAUUGCAACUAUCCCUGGGCGCACGAACAAGACUGUGGUUAUCGGUGCCCACCAAGACAGCAUCAACCUGUUCCUUCCGUCGAUCUUCGCUGCACCCGGCGCGGACGACGAUGGCAGUGGCACCGUGACUAUUCUCGAGGCGUUCCGUGUGCUGCUGCACUCGAGCGCUAUCCGCAAAGGCCAGGCUGAAAACACCGUUGAGUUCCAUUGGUAUUCUGCUGAAGAAGCCGGUCUUUUGGGCUCGCAGGCUAUUUUCUCCGAUUACAGCAAAAAGGGCCGAGAUAUCAAAGCUAUGUUGCAACAGGAUAUGACUGGGUAUAUUCAAGGUACCCUAGGUGCAGGCCAGGUGGAAGCCGUCGGUGUGAUCACUGAUUUUGUUGACCCUGGAUUGACGGAGUUCAUCAAGCUCGUUAUCAAAGCGUACUGCGAUAUCCCUUUUGUCCUGACAAAAUGCGGCUAUGCCUGCUCUGACCAUGCGUCCGCUAGCCGGCACGGCUACCCAUCCGCCUUCGUCAUCGAGUCAGAAUUCAAACAUUCCAACCAGAAAAUCCACACCACUGCGGACACUAUUGAAUUGCUCAGCUUUGAUCAUAUGCUCCAGCAUGCUAAAAUGACGCUUGGCUUGGCCUAUGAACUUGCAUUUUCAAAGCUAUAA